AGAUGAGUUUGGCCUUCGCGUGGCCUUGGGCGUCAGUAUUCGGGGACUUCUGGGACAUAUCCAAAAUUCAGACCGACCUCGAAGAAGCUAAUAAACUCAAAAAACCAACAAACGAACUACUGCAAAUCGAAAACAGAAACAUCGCAUCGCAUCGCAGUUUUCAUUGUCGUCAUUGAAUCAUCGUCAACCACAAUCGUCGAAUGUGCAUAGAAGAACCAUCAUCAAAACAUCGUCGGAACUUGUAUUCCAUUGGAAGCAGCCUUGUAUCAUGGAAUCACCUGAAUAUUUGGUCGGCUAAAGCAUUUUUAAAAAAUGGGAGAAAUUCAAGUAUGCAGACUUCCAAACAUUGAAAACAUUCUCAACUUUUAAAUCCGGCCUACAGUUUGGACGAACGGAAAGACUGGAACUACAUCAGGCUUAGCCUCAGCAUUUGCGAGUUGGGCUGGGGGAAUUAAGGGAGGAUAGUCGUAUAGGCCGUAGAUAUAAUGGGGCGGACCAUCGGAGGACACUUAGGGUUAUGGAGAGGCUGGAGUGCAGAGCUAGUCCUUAGGCUAUUCGCUUAACAUCAAUAUAAACGGCGAACACCCACACAUCAAGAAGGUAUGCGACAUACCUCACUCUGGAUAUUCUGGAUAUUCACCAAUCCCUAAGUUUACAACACCAUCGAAAUCAUGAAGCUUACUAAACUUGAACCUCAGGACAAACGUUCUAGUAUUCCAGAUCCUCUCGCAUUUAUCAUCUACCGGCUCUUGCCUAUUCUGUGUCUUUCGGCAUUCGUAUACUUCAUACGCCAAAGAUACGGCUCUUUCCUGGAUGACGACAAUAGUACCUGGGCUUAUUUUUACACGAUCUCUUUUAUGUCUUUGUGCGCUUCAAUGGCAGCGGCUCCGAAACCAUUGGAAAAUUACGAUUACAUUAUAUCUAGACACUUAUCUCCUUUUGAGAAGAUUUCUCGAGUUCGAGUGUUUCUCGAGUCCUUUGGCGAGGCUAGAAGUGCCAAAUUUUCUUUUGGACUACGUAGGAAAUCAUGGACUCCAGAACAGAAAAAGAAAGAGGCGCAACUCCAAAAAGAACGCUUCGCGAUUUAUCUAUCUGGUUCGCGAAAAGGGAUCCCACCUUGUCUGUCUGUUCGUGAAAACCUCUACGCUAUGACGAUAUGGCUUACAACAAAAGCCUGUCUUCUUCGAACUUUUGCCCCCAAUCUUAAAAGCUGGCAUGAUUUCCUCGGCUGUUUUACGUACCAAAAUAUUCACCAUGUUGCAUCUUUCGCCUGAUUUUUAACCCUGCUGACUCUCCUAACUUACCGAGUUGGUCUAUGGAAUAUCUGGAACGGAAUACCGGGUGCGAUGGCCGAAUCUAUUCGCUACUCCUGCGGGACAAUUGAUCAGAAGAAGGUUACCGAAAACAAGCGUACAGAGCUGGAGUGGUGGAUUGAAGGGAUAUUGAGGGAAGAUAGCGAUUCUUUUGAGUUGGAAGAAGAGAGAAAAAGAGUAAUCAUUGCACCCAUCCAAAAGAUGAUUUGCGAGACGACAUUCUGGGAGAAAUGGAGGGUAUUUUCCGAAACAGAUAGAUAUCGUAAAUGGCUCGAGAAGGAAGAGACGGAGAGAUUUUGUGACGAUUGUGAUUGUGCACACUAUUGUCCGGCCAAAAGUGUAAAGCAACAAUAGUCUCUAGAAUCAAUGAUAAGAUACUCGAACCUA